AUGUCUGGCACAAACAGCGUCCAGGCGCUCGUCCUUCAUGGCCCCAAAGAUCUUAAAACAGAAGAACGAAGCCUACCCGCUCCCGCUGCUGGUGAGGUUCAAAUAGCAAUCAAAGCGACCGGACUUUGUGGCUCAGACUUACAUUAUUAUAAUCAUGGCCGAAAUGGCAAUUUCGUACUUCAAUCACCACUCGUUCUGGGUCAUGAAGCCUCGGGUGUGGUCACAGCCCUGCCUCCAGCACAAGAUGGCCAGACUGCCUCGUCGGUCUUGAAAGUCGGAGAUCGAGUGGCUCUCGAAGUCGGGUUUCCUUGCCAUACCUGUGGUCUGUGUGCAGCCGGUCGCUACAAUUUGUGUCCAAAACUCUCCUUCCGAUCAUCAGCAAAGACCUUUCCCCACCUGGAUGGCACCUUGCAAACCACCAUUUCACAGCCCGAGAAUAUGUGCCACAAGCUCCCAGAAAAUGUCACAUUUGAACAAGGCGCCUUGGUUGAACCUUUGGCGGUUUCAUUACACGCCCUCAAUCGCAGUCAGACUGCUGGCUCGGGAGCGGGUGUUCCUCUAGUCGGUUCUUCCGCGUUGGUCCUCGGUGCUGGUGCUGUAGGAAUGUUGACAGCAGCGGCUUUGUCGGUUGCCGGGGUUUCAGAAAUUGUCAUUGCCGAUAUUGAUGCGCCCAGAUUGAAGAUCGCUGAAGCUCUCGCUGGCGGCAGGCAUAAACUUAAAACCUACCUUCUACCACGAAAACCACCAGCACCCACAAUUGAAGAGACCUUGUCAGGUGCCCAGGAACUAGCAGCAGAGUUGGCCAAGGCAGCAGGUUUGGAUGCCGGCUUCGAUCGAGUUUUCGAGUGCACUGGCGUUCCCUCAUGUGUCCAGAUUGGCAUUUUCGCAGCCACGGCCGGUGGUAAAUUGGUUUUGGUGGGAAUGGGAACACCUACCCAGACCUUGCCCUUAGGAGCCGCUGCUUUGAGAGAAGUCGAUAUCAUUGGUGUCUUCCGUUACGCAAAUUGCUAUCCUGCAGCAAUCGCAUUGUUUGCUAGUGGCAAGCUAGACGGAGUCGCGGAGGAUCUCGUUACUCAUCGAGUGCCACUCUCCGAAGGCGAGAAGGCUUUCCGGUUAGCUGCAAACCAAGCGAAGGAGGGAGAAGACGAAGGGAGAGUGCCGGUCAAGGUGGUUAUCACUUCAUGA